GCAACCAGCCCUUUCUCCCCCUACACGAAGACAUUCCGGAUGUCAUUGCAGCUCAGUCUCAUCUUUCACUCUCCGUUUUUUCACCCGCUUCCUCCUUGGGCGGCUCAGACCGACUCUCGGUGAUGUUCUGCCGUCACCUCCUCCGAGCCUCGCCGUCCCGUUAGCCGGCGAUGGUCGCCGAUGGUCGGCUGAUUUCCAGAGAUGUAGCCGGGGCAGCAACACCUCCACCACCUGGAAACAGUCCGACAUUUUUCUGCGGCAAGUUUUUUCUCUCCUCGGAUGGAAGGAGUUUUGAGACAAAGCGGCAAACACGGCGUGGUUUUCUCCUCUGUUCUGUGAUGACGUUGGAAGCUCACCUCUGACAGCCACGAUGUCUUGGGGCGAGUUCAUUGAGCUCCGGGACCUGAACUCCGGCAGAGAGCAGAUAGAACUGGCAGGCCCGCGUUCGCCGUGCUCUCCCCCACGCCUGGAGCGAACGAACGCCUUGAGGAUCAGCCCGGGGAAGGUGCCGGACCUGCUGAGCCGGGUGGGCAUCAUCCGGGUCCUGAGCAGCUCCCAGGAUCCCCAAUUUGUGGAGGAGAAAGGAGAGGGACACAACUUUCAGCCCUGCAGCCACGCUCAGCCAACAUGGUGCGACCUGUGCGGCGACUUCAUCUGGGGCCUUUACAAGCAGAGCCUGCGGUGUGUCAAUUGCAGAUUCACGUGCCACUACCGCUGCCGUGCGCUGAUUCGGCUGGACUGCAGCUGGGAGCGAGGCUCUACGGCGGACCUCACCGCUGUCGUGGAGCACACAAUCGAAACAGACACGAAUGUGGAUGAACAAAUCCAAUGUGAGAAACAGGAGCUAUCAACUGCUGAAAUUCUGCAGAAAGUGAAGGAAUACAACUCCCAGAUCAAUAGCAAUCUGUUCAUGAACAUGAACAAGGACGGGUCCUACACUGGUUUUGUGAAGGUUCAAUUCAAGCUAGUGCGCCCCGUGUCGGUCCCAGCGCCAAAGAAAGGAGGUGCUGAUGCUGGAGGGAAGCGAGCCAGCGGGGUGAAGCGUCGCACCUCCUUCUACCUGCCAAAGGACGCCUCCAAGCAUUUGCACAUAAGCUCCCGUACUUCUGCUCGCGAGGUCAUCGAGGCUCUGCUGAAAAAGUUUACUGUGGUAGACAAUCCCGGCAAGUUUGCACUGUUUGAGCGCAGCGAGCGCCACGACCAAGUUUAUGUUCGCAAGCUCUCUGACGACGAGCGUCCUCUCCGUUUACGCCUGAAUGCUGGACCCAACGAGAAGCUCCUCAGUUUUGUUCUCAAAGAAAAUGAAACUGGUGAAGUGAAUUGGCAUGCUUUCUCCAUGCCAGAGCUGAAGAACUUCCUGCUGAUCCUGCAGCGUGAGGAAGAGGAGCACGUCAAGCAGAUCGUACAGCGAUACACUUUGGCUCGCACCAAGAUGCUGGAGGCACUGUCCGGCUCGACGCCGGGCUGAAACCUCUCUGCGCACGGAGUUUGAUGUGCGGCGGCCUGGUUGGUCAGCUGUGACCGGACGCUGCUGCAUUCAAAGACUCCGGAGAAAACGGCAGAAGAAAAAACACCUCUUGGUUGAACGAGAGGGUGAGAUAGGGCGCAAGACUAUGAGAGAGUAAGAGCUAGCGCGUAUGUUGGUGUGAAAUGAUGCGAGAGAUGAGAAGUGCCUUACACCUGGAGAGUCUGAUGUGCCUGAGAGAAUGAGUUGAGCGGACUGAGACUGGCAGCCGGGACAGUGACGUUAUGCAACGGGUGCCGUCUGAUUAUUCUGGACCUCAGCUGACAGACUUCAUCUUAAAAAGCAAUGCAGCUUUUUUUUUUUUUAAAUCCUGUGAAAACUUAACAGCUUUAUUUUACUGUAACGGAGACAUUUCUAAAAACAAACAUCUAAAUUGACAUGUUCUUAAAGGGUAAAAUUCCCUUUUUUUCGCCCUCUGUUAAUUUUUAUUUCAAAUGCCCCAAAAAUCUUAGAUUCAGUCAACAUUACUGGAUUGUAAUUCUUCAUUUAAAAAAAAAAAAUUCCCUUGUCUGUAGCUGAAAGGUAUUUGAAUUUUCAUUGCAUCCAAGUCUGAAGAGCUGCCAUGUCCACUCCACACCCCUGAUGGGUGCAACUCUUUACUUAGCGGUCACUUUGUGAGUAUGACUGACGUAUGGACAUUUGUAUGAGAUUAUGAAUGUCAGAGAGCUGUGUAACAAGUCACUCUAUGUGACUGGAUUUGCCAUACUUGUGUUUAACUGGACGCUGCUUAUCAUUCCUUUCAUAUUUGUGUUUUUCUCUGUUAAUCACUAAAAUGUUUGUCUUCUGUUUUCUUCCACUUUUCCUGCACUUUUCCUGUUUUAAAUGUAGCAGUCUUAUGGAUGUCUGGCAGAUGUGCACAGCAUUUAAUAAAAAUAACAAAUUAA